AUGACAACCGCUAACAACGAGGGGGAUUGUUGGAGUUGGAGAUGGGGUAAAGCUUGCACUUGGAGCGGCAAAAUCAACUGUCAGACAAAGCCUAAAGUAAUAGGCUAUAUUAAGAAUCAAUUAGGUGCUUGUGGCCGUCUUCGGGAGUUUGAAGAAUCUUGUUUUGGACAUUUCUUGAGGUUUGAUGGGCAAGCAUACUACAGUGGGAGACUACUACUUGCCUUAUUGGGUCGAGAGGUUUUUCUACGUGACGCUCGAGAGAAGGAGCGUCGGUUUCUAAUUAGAGGUAAUAAUUAUAAAUUCGGGAAAGUCGAAUUUUGCCAAAUCAGUGGCUUGAUGUUUGGUGGGUCAGAAUUUAUCCCCGAGGAUAAUGAGAGUUUACCGGCCAUUGAUGGGAUAUAUCGACGCCACUAUGAUGGAAAGAGUGUGAUAGGAGGUGAUUUGUUGAGGGAUUUCACGAACGGUCAUUUUCAGAAUAAUCCCGAUGACGCGCUGAAGGCUGCCAUGAUCUUAAUUGUUCACUUUUUCUUAUUUGCACCCGACCCGAGGUCCGCUGUGCCACUUUGGCUUUGGACGUUAGUUGAAAAUUCGGACAUGUUCGGGAAAUUUCCAUGGGGCACAUUUAGCUUUCAGCGUCUAUACCAUUGUCUCGAUGGUAUAAGUGCACCAGAUGAGGGGUGCGAUGUUCAGUUGAACAUCCAUGGGUUUUUAAUGCCUUUUCAGAUUCAAUGCGUACCAAUGUGUUUGACUGAUGCCGAGAGGAAUGCACCAUAUAUGGCUAAUGUUGAAUUGGACUUAUCACUGGGGUUGCAAUAUAUCCACCACGACUCGUGGAAGAGUUGUUGCGAGCCGCUAGGUGAUGCCUCCUCGUCUUCACGUCAUACACUUGCCACCAAAAAAAGGAAGCUUGGACAGCCGACGAACAUACAUUUGAAGAAGUUGGCUGUAGAAUCAAAUGAUGAAGCUGAAGAAGAGACGAAGAGGGAUCCGAGAGAGCCUCAAAAUAAGCCGAGGGAGCCUCAGAAGGAGCCAGUUGGAAUGGACAAAGACCUAAUCAAGCAAUGGGUGGAGGAAGGCGUUUCAAAUUGCAUGAAAGAGUUGAUGCCUUCGAUAGUUGAACAAACUUUACGUCAGGUCGUCCCCAUUGCCAUUGAUCGGGCAUUUCAUGAGUCCUCUCAGGCGGCCUUCUCCACUCGAGGAGAAUCAAGCAGUCCUCUCAAUCCGGCGGUACCAACUUUUGGUCAUGGGGAAGAGGAAAAGAAGGAUGAGGAUGAGAAAGAAGAGAAUGAGAACGAGUCAAAGAAAGAAGAGGAGGAGAAAGAAGAGAAGGAGGAAGAGGAAAAGAAGGAUGAGGAGGAGGAAGAAGAGAAGGAGAAUGGGGCUAAGAAAGAAGAGGAUGAGAACGAGCAUGAGGUGUUUGCCAAUGAGUUUAUGAAUGUUGUUCGCAUUUGA